AUGAACUUGUCGAAGGACGUCCGUUUUGCUUCUAAGAUGGCUUGCCUUAGGACAGCUGAUUGUCGUCUCCAGGCUUGUACGUCUUCCGUUCUUCCAGUCUGUUCAGCAGUGCUGCGAAGGGCGUCCGCUUUCUUUUCGGUUCCUCAAGGCCAGUCGGCCUUCUUGGAGUUCCAUGAUAGCUUGGUUGCCAUUUUCGAUAGCAUGCGUUUACUGCCGAUGGUAAUACUAGCAAUGACUGGUUUGUGGCCAGAACCAGGAUCGCCAAUUAUUUUGUGGUGCAUAUACUCGCAGAUGUCACUUAAACCCAGGAGCAAGUCAGGGGUUGUUCAGGUUCCAUUGCAGUGCAGAUAUGUAGCAGGAUCCUCAUCGCUCCAUGUUUUUAUUCUUACAGACCCAUCUGGUGGAAUGGACGUUGAGGUCUCCUAA